AUGGCGCCCGGAAUCCUAGAGACAGAAUACACUGGCGUCGAGAAGGCGACCAGCUUGGCCGCCCUCACAGAGGACUGGGAUGAUACCAUCCGGUUCUACCUCAACGGGACCAAGGUAGCGGUGGAUGCCGUAAAUCCAGAGGUGACCCUCCUCGAAUAUCUGCGGGGGAUCGGGUUGACAGGCACGAAACUUGGAUGUGCUGAGGGAGGAUGCGGUGCUUGCACAGUGGUUGUAUCUCAUGUCAAUCCCACCACGAAGGAGAUCUACCAUGCCUCCGUGAACGCCUGUAUUGCCCCACUCGUCAGCAUUGACGGCAAACACGUUAUCACAGUCGAGGGAAUUGGCAACGUCAAGGAGCCUCAUGCAAUCCAGCAGCGGAUUGCGGUCGGCAAUGGAAGCCAGUGUGGCUUCUGCACGCCUGGAAUUGUCAUGUCUCUAUAUGCCUUACUACGAAACAACCCUUCACCAUCAGAACACGAUGUAGAGGAAGCGUUUGAUGGAAAUCUCUGUCGCUGCACUGGCUACCGACCAAUUUUGGAUGCUGCCCAGAGUUUCAAUGCGAACAACAAUUGCGGGAAGGCCUCUUCCAAUGGCGGAUCAGGCUGCUGUAUGGAAAAGAAUGGCUCAGGUGGCGGAUGCUGCAAAGGGUCUUCCAACGGAAACGAAAUUGAGACGGUCGAUUACAAGUUCCCCGCACCCAAUUUCAAACCCUACAGCCCAGACACAGAAUUGAUCUUCCCAGCUGCUCUGCGGAAACACGAGUACCGACCGCUAGUUUAUGGCAACAAGCGAAAGAAGUGGUAUCGUCCAGUGACGGUGCAACAGCUCUUGCAGAUCAAGCAUGUGCACCCGGACGCCAAAUUGAUUGGUGGCAGUACGGAGACGCAGAUUGAGAUCAAGUUCAAGGCAAUGCGUUACGCGGCUUCGGUCUAUCUGGGCGAUAUCCCCGAAUUGCGGCAAUUUACCCUACACGACGACUACCUGGAGAUCGGUGCUAACGUAUCAUUGACGGACCUCGAGCACAUUUGUGACCAGGCAGUCGAGAAGUACGGAGACGCUCGAGGCCAGCCCUUCAAGGCGAUCAAAAAGCAAUUGCUCUACUUCGCUGGGCGACAGAUUCGAAACGUUGCUUCCCCUGCCGGUAAUUUGGCUACCGCGUCACCUAUCUCUGACCUGAAUCCCGUAUUAGUGGCCACCAACACCAUCCUGGUGGCCAAGUCUUUGGACGGAGAGACCGAAAUUCCCAUGACUGAGUUCUUCCAAGGGUAUCGAAAGACCGCCCUAGCUCCCAAUGCGAUCAUCGCUAGUUUGCGGAUUCCAGCUGCACAGACACAGAAGGAGUACAUGCGAGCCUACAAACAGGCUAAGCGCAAGGAUGACGAUAUUGCCAUUGUGAACUCUGCGCUCCGAGUGACGCUCUCCGAGAGCAAUGACGUGGUCAGCGCCAACCUUGUAUUCGGUGGCAUGGCAGCUAUGACUGUGUCUGCCAAGAACGCUGAAGCUUUUAUUGUUGGCAAGAAAUUCACAAACCCUGCAACCCUGGAGGGUGUCAUGAGCGCGUUGGAGCAGGACUUCGACCUACCAUUCGGAGUCCCUGGUGGCAUGGCCAGCUAUCGAAAGUCACUGGCCAUGGGAUUCUUCUACAGAUUCUAUUACGAUGUUCUAUCCGGACUCGAGGUCCAGGCUUCAGACUUGGAUCCUGACGUGGUUGCCGAAAUCGAGAGAGCUAUCUCAACUGGUAAAAAGGAUAACGAAUCAUCUGUCGCAUAUCAAAAGAAUGUCAUCGGAAAGGCAACUCCGCACGUUGCGGCGUUGAAGCAGUCCACCGGUGAGGCUCAAUAUACCGAUGAUAUCCCCGUGCAAAUGAACGAGCUGUUCGCAUGCAUGGUCCUCUCCACCAAGGCACACGCCAAGAUUAUCAGCGUGGAUGCAUCCGCAGCACUGGAAAUUCCCGGCGUUGCAGACUACGUCGACCACACUGAUCUACCCAACCCACAGGCAAACUGGUGGGGAGCACCCAAGUCAGACGAGCUAUUCUUUGCCGUCGACGAAGUCAAUACAGCUGGUCAACCAAUUGGUGUCAUUCUGGCAACAUCGGCCAAAAUUGCCGAGGAGGGCAUGAGAGCCGUAAAGGUUGUCUACGAAGAUCUUCCAUGUAUUCUCACCAUGGAAGAAGCCAUUGAAGCAGAAUCUUUCUUCGAGCACUAUCGCUCCAUCAAGUGCGGCGAUACCGAAGAGGCAUUCAAACAAGCCGACCAUGUUUUCACUGGAGUUUCACGAAUGGGAGGCCAGGAGCACUUCUAUCUAGAAACCCAGGCCUGUGUGGCUAUUCCAAAACCAGAGGAUGGAGAGAUGGAAAUCUGGAGCGGUACACAGAAUCCCACUGAAACACAAGCCUACGUCGCCCAAGUCACGGGAGUAUCGGCCAACAAGGUCGUCUCGCGUGUGAAACGACUCGGCGGUGGAUUUGGUGGCAAGGAGACACGCUCCGUUCAAUUAGCCGGAAUCUGUGCCACCGCGGCAGCGAAGACAAAGCGGCCCGUCCGCUGCAUGCUCAACCGAGACGAAGAUAUUUUGACGUCUGGGCAGCGUCAUCCUUUCCUUUGCCACUGGAAGGUUGGAGUGACCAAGGAUGGAAAGAUUCUUGCACUUGAUGCAGACGUCUUUGCCAACGGUGGACACACUCAGGAUCUAUCUGGGGCCGUUGUGGAACGAAGUCUGUCGCACAUUGAUGGCGUGUACAAAAUUCCGAACGUCAAUGUGCGCGGCCGAAUCUGCAAGACCAACACCGUGUCUAACACGGCUUUCCGAGGAUUCGGCGGUCCACAGGGUCUGUUCUUUGCCGAGUCUUACAUCUCCGAGAUCGCAGAUCACCUCGACAUUCCUGCCGAGGAAGUCAGAAGUAUCAACAUGUAUCAGCCUGAAGAGAAGACGCAUUUCAACCAGACGCUCAAGGACUGGUACGUGCCUUUGAUGUACAAACAGGUACUCGAGGAGAGCUCUUACAACGAGCGGAGAAAGGCCGUCGAAGAAUACAACGCAAAUCACAAAUGGUCGAAGCGAGGAAUGGCCAUUGUGCCAACCAAGUUCGGUAUCUCCUUCACUGCACUUUUCUUGAAUCAAGCAGGAGCCUUGGUCCACAUUUACCACGAUGGCAGUGUUCUUGUGGCGCACGGUGGUGUCGAGAUGGGACAAGGUCUGCACACAAAGAUGAUCAUGAUCGCCGCCGAGGCGCUGCAAGUCCCUCAGUCAAGCGUGUUCAUCUCUGAGACAGCGACAAACACAGUUGCAAACACAUCAUCUACCGCAGCGUCAGCAAGUUCCGAUCUCAACGGAUAUGCCAUUUACAACGCCUGCGAGCAAUUGAACGAGCGUCUCCGUCCCUUCCGCGAGAAGAUGCCCAAUGCCACCAUGAAAGAACUCGCCCACGCUGCUUACUUCGAUCGCACCAACCUCUCAGCACAAGGAUACUACCGUACACCAGACAUCGGAUACGUGUGGGGCGAGAACAGCGGCCAGAUGUUCUUCUACUUCACCCAAGGAGUGACCGCAGCCGAAGUCCAAAUCGACACGCUAACAGGCGACUGGACGCCUCUACGCGCCGAUCUCAAGAUGGAUGUCGGACGCUCCAUCAACCCCUCAGUUGACUACGGACAAAUUGAAGGCGCCUACGUCCAAGGCCAAGGCCUUUUCACAACAGAAGAGAGCCUUUGGCACCGGGGCUCCGGUCAAAUCUUCACCCGCGGACCGGGCAACUACAAGAUCCCCGGAUUCCGAGAUAUCCCACAAAUCUUCAACGUCAGCCUCCUCAAGGACGUGGAGUGGAGGAAUUUGCGCACGAUCCAGCGCUCACGAGGUGUCGGCGAACCGCCGUUGUUCAUGGGUAGUGCAGUCUUCUUUGCCAUUCGUGAUGCACUAAAGGCUGCGCGCAAGCAGUGGAAUGUUACAGAUGUGUUAUCUUUGGAAUCGCCUGCCACACCGGAGCGUAUCCGUGUGAGCUGUGCUGAUCCGAUUAUCGAGCGGGCAAGGGUGCAGCCGAAGGAGGGCGAGAAGAGUUUCUUUGUUGCUAUCUAG